AUGACAACUCAAGCCGCGGAUUCUCAAAUUAAUCAUGCGGAUGCUAUUCAUUACUGGGAAAGUAUAGAAGCAAAUGACGAUGGGAUGUUAGGAGGAUUUCCGUAUAUCAGUCGUGUGGAUAUCCAGGGAUCGAAGAAUUUUUUGGGGAAAUUGGGGGUUAAGGGGGUGAAGUUGGGGAGGGCGGUGGAUUGUGGGGCUGGAAUCGGUCGAAUUACAAAAGCAUUACUCCUAAGUAUCGCUACUACAGUUGAUAUCGUAGAACCAGUGACGAAAUUCUCUUCCGCACUUAUAGACCACCCAGGAGUUGGUCAAAUAUAUCCUGUCGGUCUUGAAGCCUGGACGCCAGACACAGAAAUCAAAUACGACUUAAUAUGGAACCAAUGGUGUCUAGGACAUCUAACAGACUCCCAACUUGUGGAAUAUUUUCAAAAAUGUGGAAAUAUGUUGAAUGAAAAUGGUUGGAUAAUAGUCAAGGAAAAUAUGAGUACGCAUGCUGGGAAUGAUAUGUUUGAUGAAGUUGAUAGCAGCGUUACGAGAACGGAUGAGAAGUUUCGGGAACUUUUUGAUAAAGCUGGUUUGAAAAUAUUAAAGACGGAAUUGGCAAAGGGGUUUCCAAAGGGCUUGUAUCCUGUGAGGUUAUAUGCGUUGAAACCGGAAUGA